UCAAUUUUAAACAAAAUUUUUAAGAAAAGCAGUGCAACUACAUUAUUACGGCUUCAAUAUGAACUAUGGCCGCAAAACACCAUCCACGUAUCGCUCAAACCACUCGGUAUACUCCCAUACAACGGGCAGGUCCUCAACAAAUUUGCAUUCCAUUAAAUCCCGUUCAAUGCGCUCCGUGCGUGUUCCUUGGUACCAGCGCCCUAUACUAAAGAACAAUCAAUACAUCGACAUACAAAAGAAUUCAAUGAUGAUUGGCAUAUUCUCCAUUUUCCUAGCUCUAUUCACCAUUGGUACUUCUAUAUUCGAUAUUUAUUGCUUAGCCAUGGCUGCGCCUGGCUCCACGCACUAUGGAUACUAUAUCAUCUCAUACGAGUUUGUUUAUGUGGGCAAUAAGCACGUGCGAAAUAUGCUAAUUGUAUUUGCGUUAUUCUCGCUAAUACUGGGCGUUGUCAUACUAUUUACAAGUAUUUUGCUCGUAAUUGCGCUAAGGAAGGAAUAUGAGCGCAAGAUACUUCCAUGGUUAAAUACUUUUGCCGUAUUCACAAUUUGGCGUUCGUUGGCCUUGAUUUUCUUUGCCAUAGUCAACGAUUUGAUCUUUGCUUACAACAUUAUUAUGGUACUACUUUGGAGCAUCGCAUUAGUUGUUUGCUUCUACGGUUGGUGUGUGGUAUACUCGUUAUUCCUUGAAUUAACUAACUUGACGAAAUUAGAGGAUUUAGCACAUUUGCGGAUGGGCACAAUGGCUUCUUUGCAUGCAUCAGCUGCUAAUUCUUUAGCCGGUUCACGUCCAACAACACCCCACAGCACCGUCUCUACUAUGCCUGUUGGAUAAAAUGCUAAAAGGACGUUGAUAAGCAACCAUAAGUACUUUUAAUAUAUUUUCGCAACUUCGAACUACGACCAUAUCAGUGCAAAUGUAUACCGUCCAAGCAUUUUAGAUUUACUUAUACAUGCACAUGCAUAUUAGGAGCAUCGUAUAUGACGCGAAACUUAACAUUCCGUAUAUUUUGUAUUUUAGUAUUCUAAAAAACUAUGCUAACUUGAAAUAUUUUUAAUAACCUACUUAUAUAUGGAACAUAAAUGGAAUACAGUGCCUUAAGAUUUGACAUAUCACUACAAUUAAUGCGUAUCAAUAGGAACUACUUUUUUUGUGUGUUCGACGAAAGUUAAUUAGAGUGUAAGUUUGUAUCGAUUUAAUAUAUGUACAUAUGUAUGUAUGUAUUUUCAAAAACUAAUUUUCAUUCCAUUUAUUAUUGUUUACUUUUGUCAGCACAAAUCUAUCCGUCCAGUUUUUAUUCUAGUAUAAGCUCAAUUGUUUUUAAGAUCGUAAUUUUAAUGCUUGCAAACUUUAAAAAAAAUUUUAUAUGGACAUGUCAAUUUUAUAUAGCAUGAUACAAAUAUUUAAAGGUAAAACCGCUCGCUGAACUCGUCCGCCAUUUGGUUUUUUUUUUUUGAGUUUUGCUAGCAUUUUGAUUAAACUCUCUCGAAAUGAUUCAAAUGAUGUCAAAUAAAUUCAAAAUAAACAAAUGAAAUUUUAUGA